AUGAAGCUUCCGGAUCUCGUGCUGACUGAUCCACAACACCAUGUAUGUCGAAAAAGCUUGGUGUUGCUUGUCAAGGCUUGUGCGGUCUUGUCCAAACGUUGUAUCUCACCAGUAUACCACAAGUUUCAUAUCUUCGACCUUCUAUUGGUGGUUUGCGAUCGAGUCGUCAAGAAAUGCCUCAUAGCGCACCGCCGAACAAGCAUUCAGGCGUGCUCAUCGUCUGGACCAGAACCUAAAGGACGGGAAGUGUCGCAGCUGGGCUGGCUCCAGAGCUAUGGCAAAGCGGAGAGAUUUCAUGUUCACGGUGCGCAACACAGCGUAAUCCAGACAAUGGAGUACUUGUAUUCCUCUAGAACAAUGGGAAUUUUGGCUGGCAUUGCGAGUCUUCUGCUGAGUAUUUGCAGCAGCAUUCUCCAGUCCCAGUUCGACCGCACCCGGCACGUUUGGAGAUUCUACCCGCAAGCCGCGCGUCCUGCUUUUCCAUCACGUCUGGACUUCAGCCUCGUGGUAAGCGGCCAGGACCACAAGAACGACUGA